AUGGCCCUCGAAUAUGGAGCAAAAGUCGUCAUGGGAGACCUGAACCCACCUCCAGCGAAUAUCACGGAGCACGCAAGCUUCACUUACGUCCCGCUCAACGUGACAUCCUGGACGGCGCUAUCCGACAUCUUCGAGAAAGCAUUCUUGCAGCACGGCCGAAUCGACCACGUCUUCGCCAACGCCGGUAUCCCUCCCCGCACCACACUGCUCGAAGACAAGCUCGACGACAACGGCAAGCUCCAAGAACCCGACUACACCGUCAUCGAAGUCAACCUCAAGAGCGUGCUCAACACCACCGCCCUGGCCCUGCACUACAUGCGCAAGCAGCAGCCGCCCGGCGGCAGCAUCGUGCUGACCGCAUCGGCAUCCAGCUUCCAACGCUUCGCCGCCGUCGACUACACAACCGCCAAACACGGCGUCCUCGGCCUCAUGCGCUCCAUCGUGCCCACCCUGAGCAAACAGCCCUCGCCGCCCGCCAUCCGCGUCAACGCCAUCGCCCCGCACUGGACCGACACGGGUCUGGCGCCGGGCGCCCUCCUCCGCGCCAGCGGUGCCAUCUGCAUGACGCCUGCCGGGCCCGCACGGUCCGCGUUAGCACUCAUGGCGGAUGAGCGCUACAACCAGGCGCUAGCCUUCUCGCAGGCGCUGGUCGACGCGAGUGGAGACGGGGCGGAUGGGGAGGGCGUCGUGUAUAGAGAACUGGACGAGGGGCUGCUAGCGGCGACGAAGGUGAUGUGUGCGGGGCGGGGGCCGAGCUUGAGCGAGACGAUGGAGAAGAUUGUGGAGAUGAAGGGGAAGAGGGAGAAGGCAGCAGCCGAGGUGGAGGGGUUGGAGGUGGGUGCGGGGGGUGUCAGAAAAUUGUGA